AUGCUCUUAAUGAGCAACCCGAUGGCUACGAACCAGAGUAUCGAUGAGAUGUGCAAGAGCGAGGAGUUUAGUCGGACGAUUCAAAACUGUAUUUCGAAGGUUUGCACGAUUAGGGAGUCACUCGAGUUCAACGACUUCGUCAGCACAGUGUGCGAUGUCCCAGAGGAAGACUACCGACCGCUUUACCGGGCUAUCAUCAUUGCUUGGGCAGCUAUCAGCACGGUGGCAGUGGUGUUACUUGUCCUUUCCAAGAUAUUCGUUACGACACCUUGGGGUAUUGAUGAUACUUUUUCUAUCUUCACUUACUGUAUAAUUGUUCCAUGCACGGUUUUCUUUCUUCGCACCAUUGAUGCCGGUUUUGGAUCUCUCAAGACACUAUACCAGAGCAACGACCUCACAGGCGUCUUCAAGAACGUGUUUAUCUGGCAAGUCCUGUUCAUGGGUGGCAUCUGUGUGGUCAAGAUGUCGAUUCUCUUCUUCUACCUCCGAAUUUUCCCCGGUCAAGUCUUCCGACGUAUGGUCUACGCUACAAUGGCUGUCAACGCCGUCAGCUCCAUCGUCAUCAUCGUCUGCAACCUUACUGUGGGACGCACCGUUGAGGUUGUCUGGGGUGGAAAAUCGGAUCUUAGCGUUACUAUGGAGACAUACGGUCAAGCUUUGAAGAUCACAAUGGCUCACUGCGUGAUCAACUUUGUGGUUGACGUUUGGAUGCUUAUUCUGCCGAUGACCCAGUUGUAUAACCUGGGGUUGAGGUUGGAUAAGAAGAUUCGGGUUAUGUGCAUGUUUGGUAUUGGAAUCUUUUUGACUGCGGUUAGUCUUGUACGAUUGGUCAUGACGGCAAAGAUCCUGCCCAAUCUAAGUGAAACAGAUUCCAACACGCAUUCUUCCGUCAUCUGGGCCAACAUCGAACUCAACGUCGGCUUCGUAGUCGCUGUCGUGGCACCCAUACGUCAACUCUUCCAACUCAUCUUCAACGGCUUCAAGCAACCCGACAGCCCAAAUAACAGUACACAGAAGAGCAGCCGAUCUCGCACAGCAGUAUUUGUGGAUCGAUCUAUGAUUCGAAUCAAGGAUGGCGAUGAGGAAGAGCUUGUUAUUUCAGAUCCUGGAAAUUUGGGCGGUACGACAUUGGCGUCUUCGAGCAGCAGGGGAACAGGGAAGAGGGAAGGCCAUGAACAGGAUCUUGAGCUGAGUAGCUUGAGCAUAAUGAGCAAUGGCAAGGGUCAAUAG